UAGAGUAUUAUGACCUACACGUGACCUUCACUCGCAUUUGAAGCAGUACACUUACCAAAAAUGCCCUGACAACACAAUGUCGCCCAACCCUACCUCAUUACAGGCUUCGGGUGACAAUGGAGCGCUUCCAGUCUCCCAGAAAACCGCAGAGCAAAGUUCACAACCGACUAUCACUCCCACUGCGCCCGCGACCAUAACUCCCGACGACAACCCAAGAAGUCCUAAGAGAAGGCGUUUGUCCCCAGUAGAUGGCAAUGGGCAGAAUGGUCACGUUGCGACAUCGAACAUCCCUCAAAGUAAUGAUGGACAACAGAAGAGAGAGGGACAGCAACCUGCCGCGGCGCAAAUUGCAAUCCCAGCAUCCUCUAUACCUGCUAGUAGUCAGAAGAAUGCGCCGUCAAGGCCACCUCAACCACAAGGUCCGGAUAUGAGCAAGAUGCUGGCUAGUUUAUCCCUGCUGGACAGUCUGGCGACUCAAAUCAUAAUGUUCCUUGCCCGGCUGACACCCACCGAGGCCUUGGGCCUGUCGAACAUGCCGAACUCCCCCAAAUCGCGUGAGUAUGCUGGUUUGAGGGCUCUAUUUGAUCCUACGAGGAGGUUGUUCAAUACUGGAGCCCCAUUUCUCUCGCCUAGGGCUCUAGGGCUGCGGGAAAGUUAUCAGAUCGAGACCAUAAGGAAAGCCAAUCAAGCAAUCUUCAUGUCCAGCAUUUUCACUGGCGAAAUCGGCCUCCGGGACAUGGAUCAAGGCUUCCUUCCAGUCUUCGUUCCAGAGAACGGAAAGCUCCUAAAGGCGCAAGCCUCCAUAUACCUGGACUUGAAGACCCAAGGCUUCAUAACGGCGUGGAGGACUGGUGCGGCUCCUCCUCAAGUGGUCAUGGCAGACAUGUUUGGUCCAGACCUAGGCAAACAUAUUCUCGCUAGGAGGCCUGGGGCAACAACCUUAGCACCCACUGAACAAGACUUCCUGAAUCGUCUUUCAUCUCGACGGGAGAUCUUGCAGACGCAUGUCAAGAACAACACCCUCGACCAGUUGCCUAUCAAAUAUCGAUGGGAAGAUUUCAGCCGGGAAGUAUCCUCCUACCUCCAAAAGACCAUGGAGAAUGCGGACAGUGGCAGUGAUGCGGAUGGGAAUAGGGAAGAUCCUACCAAGAAUCUACAAAGAGGUCAAAUGGAAGGACAGUUCUCCAUACAUGCUCCGCCACUUCCAGUCACCUUCACCGAACCGAUUGCAUCACCUGCGGCGCAAGUACAGCCGGCGCCCGAGUCACCGUCUCCAGAUGAUUUCGUCGCCCAAGCAGCUAGAGCUGCAGAGAUUGCCCUGGCAGCUUCAGGUGCUUUAGCCUAUCAGGAGCAAUAUCCGGUUGUAUCCUCACCGGCUACCCCGACGGUCAAAGCUGUUACGCCUACCCCUCAACCGGCCCUUCCAGAGUAUAAGCAGUACGAACCGGGAGACGGGAGAAGUGCUUCUAAGCCUCCUGCACCCGGUGCAGGUAACAGUACCGAGAUACCUCACGCUUCACAGACAGCGCCAACAUCAGUUCUUUACGAACGAGCACGAUUAGCUGCCUCUACAAAACCUGCGUUGGCACAAAAGCAAGGCGCUGUACCCACCCAGCGGCGGCCUUGGUCGACCGAGGAAGAACAAGCCCUGAUGAACGGUUUGGAUCAGGUCAAGGGUCCGCAUUGGAGUCAGAUUCUAGCCAUGUAUGGACCCGGCGGAACUGUUAGCGAGGCACUAAAAGAUCGCAAUCAAGUCCAGUUGAAGGACAAGGCCCGAAACCUGAAAUUGUUCUUCCUGAAAAGUGGCAUCGAAGUGCCGUACUACCUGCAAUAUGUGACAGGAGAUUUGCGAACUCGAGCUCCUGGACAAGCCUCCAAGCUUGAUGACCUGAAAGGAGAUGAAACAUCUUUUGAUGAUUUCGACGCUCUUUUGUCGCUCGAAGCGGACGAAGCAGGACAGCAGUCGAACCAGGAAAUUUCGGAUUCACUUCAAGUCAGCGCGCCGACAGACUCCAAACCGGCAUUUCAACCCAGCAUGGAUGACGUUGAAGCGAUGAUUGCACGAGCUGCAGCGGCAGCAUCUCAAUCAAUAGGCUCAGGCUGGCCUUGAACAGCGAUUGCGCUACAUAGAGGAUACGGCACAGGGUAGUAAUUAAUCCAUGACAGAUCCCAGAAUCUGUCCGUGCUACCUCUUGCUCGCAUCUGGUCACCUCCUUCCUUUGUAUUUGUCUGCCGUAGCAUUCGUGGUGAAGUUCAGAACGGACAUAUAUGAUUUUCUAGCCUCAGAGAUAGGUCAGAAUUAAAUCGUCACCCCCAGACGGCUCGAAGUCAGAGUGACAACUGCCUAAAGUGGCUACCAAAUGUAGAGUAUAUCGAAGUGUGAAGGACAUACCUAGGUACUCGUAUGGGGGAUCAUUUUAAACUUCGGAACAAACUUCUUCCGACAUUGCCCCAGAUUCAGGAUCCUCUGCGGGUGUCGUUGGAUCUUGCACUCCAACCA